CACCAGGAGCUCCGCGGAGUUCCUUGCCCUCCUCUGAGCCUGGGGCUGACAACCGAGGGCGGGGUGGAGGUCGGGUUCCGGGCAGCAGCGCGCUCUAGCCAGCGACAGAGUCGCCCCUGGCGCUCCAGCCUUUGCUCCAGGGUUCCGUCUGAUCCUCUUGCCGCCCCCGGGGCCGGGACAGCAGGGCGGCGGCGCGAGCGUGGGAGGGGGCUCUAGGACUCUGCCGGCCCCGCCCCGCCCCCUCCUCGGGGACCCGGAGCCUAGCAUGGACCACACUCGGCGCUGCAGCCAUGGCGCUCGCCCGCUGCGUGCUGGCUGUGAUUUUAGGGGCACUGCCCGCAGUGGCCAGCGUUGAUCCCGCUUCGCGCUUGCCCCUGCACCGCCCGCAAGCGUCCCCAACGCGUCCCCAACACUCGCACUACCUUCCCAGCUCGCGGCGGCCACCGAGGACCCUGCACUUCCCGCUCCCGCCGCGGGUACCAGCUGCCCAGCGCCCGCAGGUCCUUACCGCCCGGCACACGCCCCCGAGGCUCCCACGCGGCUGCGGGGCAGGAGAGCUGUGGAGCAACACCACCGACCUCGGCGUCCCGUGUCUACACUGGACAGAGGUGCCGCCCUUCUUGGAGCGGUCGCCCCCUGCUAGCUGGGCUGAGCUGCGAGGGCAGCCACACAACUUCUGUAGGAGCCCCGACGGCGCGGGCAGACCUUGGUGCUUCUAUCGGAAUGCCCAGGGCAAAGUGGACUGGAGCUAUUGCGAUUGUAGUCAAGGCCCGCUGUUGCCCAUCAUCCGCCUUGCUGGUGGGAACAGCGGGCAUGAAGGUCGGGUGGAGCUGUACCACGCUGGCCAGUGGGGGACCAUCUGUGAUGAUCAAUGGGACGACGCAGACGCCGAAGUCAUCUGCAGGCAGCUGGGUCUCAGUGGCAUCGCCAAAGCGUGGCACCAUGCACACUUUGGGGAAGGAUCUGGCCCGAUACUGUUGGAUGAAGUACGCUGCACCGGAAACGAGCUGUCGGUUGAGCAGUGUCCAAAGAGCUCCUGGGGAGAGCAUGACUGUGGCCAUAAGGAAGAUGCUGGAGUGUCUUGUGUCCCUCUCACAGAGGGGGUCAUCAGACUUGCCGGAGGGAGGAGUGGCCAUGAAGGUCGCCUGGAGGUAUACUAUCGGGGAAAGUGGGGGACAGUCUGUGAUGACGGCUGGACUGAGAUGAACACAUACGUGGCUUGCCGACUGCUGGGAUUUAAAUACGGCAAACAGUCCUCUGUAAACCAUUUUGAAGGCAGCAGCGGGCCCAUAUGGCUGGAUGAUGUCAACUGCUCAGGAAAAGAGACCAGUUUCAUUCAGUGCUCCAGGAGACAGUGGGGAAGGCAUGACUGCAGCCAUAGGGAGGAUGUGGGCCUCACCUGCUACCCAGACAGUGAUGGACACAGGCUUUCUCCGGGUUUUCCUAUCAGACUAAUGGAUGGAGAAAAUAAGAAAGAAGGACGAGUGGAGGUUUUUGUCAAUGGCCAGUGGGGAACAAUCUGCGAUGACGGAUGGACUGAUAAAGAUGCAGCCGUGAUCUGCCGGCAGCUUGGUUAUCAGGGUCCUGCCCGAGCAAGGACCAUGGCUUAUUUUGGGGAAGGAAAAGGACCCAUCCACAUGGACAAUGUGAAGUGCACAGGAAGUGAGAAGGCCCUGGCUGACUGUGUCAAACAGGACAUCGGGAGGCACAACUGCCGCCACAGUGAAGAUGCAGGGGUCAUCUGUGACUAUUCGGAGAAGAAAGCGUCAGGUCGUGGCAGUAAAGAGCUCUCAUCUGGGUGUGGAUUGAGAUUAUUGCAUCGUCGACAGAAACGGAUCAUUGGUGGGAACAAUUCUUUAAGGGGUGCUUGGCCUUGGCAGGCUUCCCUCCGACUGAAGUCGUCCCACGGAGAUGGCCGGCUGCUUUGUGGAGCCACCCUUCUGAGUAGCUGCUGGGUCCUGACAGCUGCGCACUGUUUCAAAAGGUAUGGGAACCACACCAGGAGCUAUGCAGUUCGAGUUGGGGAUUACCAUACUUUGGUACCCGAGGAGUUUGAAGAGGAAAUAGGGGUUCAGCAGAUUGUCAUCCACAGGAACUACCGGCCAGACAGCAGUGACUAUGACAUCGCCCUGGUUAGACUACAGGGAACAGGGGAGCGAUGUGCCAGACUAAGCAGCCAUGUUCUGCCAGCCUGUUUGCCUCUGUGGAGAGAGAGGCCACAGAAAACAGCCUCUAACUGUCACAUAACAGGAUGGGGAGACACAGGGCGUGCUUACUCAAGAACCCUACAACAAGCAGCUGUACCUUUACUACCCAAGAGGUUUUGUAAAGAGCGUUACAAGGGUCUCUUCACUGGAAGAAUGCUUUGUGCUGGAAACCUCCAGGAAAACAACCGUGUGGACAGCUGCCAGGGAGACAGUGGUGGGCCACUCAUGUGUGAAAGGCCUGAUGAGACCUGGGUCGUGUAUGGGGUGACUUCCUGGGGAUACGGCUGUGGAGUCAAGGAUACUCCAGGUGUUUACACCAGAGUCCCAGCAUUUGUACCGUGGAUAAAAAGCAUCACCAGACUGUAAUUUUAUGGAAGGCUUCAGUAAAGAAACUGAUGGGAAA